AUGCACGCGGAGUUUCGCCGCACGUCGGCACGGAGUUCCGCCGCACCUCAUCUCGCUUUGUGGCUCUCUACCCUCUUGUACCCUCCACCAUUGGCCAUCAGGCGAUGGCGUCCGCCGCCUACCCUCCCGGCGACCCGCUGUGUAUUCGACCUGAUCGACACGACAACUCCGGCACUGGUCGUCAAGAGAAAGCCCUGCGUUUACCCGGGGGCAGCACGACACCGUGAAGCGCUGAGACGCGCGAAGGUGCUCACCGCAACGGAUCCUACCACCUUGGACAUCAGAAGUGGCGAUUUCUAUAAAGACUUUGCCGCAGAGAGCAGACUCGCUUGUCUCGAGAGCAAAAAGGAAAUCAGAUCCUUCGAUGAAGCGCGGGCGAAGGGAAGCGAAGGACAACCCUCUGGCGAACAGCGGCGGCAAGAGCCUACGCCGGAGGCUUGGAGCCCAGACGCUGCCAAGCUCUCCGAGGCAGCGAUGACUGCGGCCUCUCAGCCUGGAGGGCUUGGAACGGGGCCCCGCGUAACCUUGUCGGACACCUACCGCAGCUUCCGGGUACUAAACCUCGCCGAGAGAAACAUCACAACGAUCGACCCCGCCUUCGCGCACUUCGAAAACCUGACGGAGCUGGACUUGGGUCGAAACCGCCUCCGAAAGCUGGAAAACCUCCCGGAGGGACUCGUAUCACUGUCGUGCGCAGCGAACGAGCUUUCCGGCCUUCCGGACCUCGGCACCACUACUCCCGAACGCACCCGAUCCACGGACAGCGCCGCCGUUGCUGCAACGCCUCCUGCCGCGGGUACAGGGAAGGCAGGAACGGUCCGGGGGGAGACGGCCGGUAACAGCGAGGAAAGAGGGGACGAGGAGGAACCACCGCUCCCGCAGCAGUGGGGGGACGUUGAGUUCCUCGUCCCAGGCAACAACCACAACAGCGACAACCACGACAGCCCUACGAGAACGGGAUGGUUCUCCUGGGCUUCCGAGGUCGUCCCUCCUCCGACUGAAACCCCCGACGCCGACAACAAUGACGGAGGGUCCGAGCAACCACAAACCGAGCAAGAGACGGUCGAUUCCACCGCUCCAGACUUUGGGAAUGGUGGCACGCCUUGGGAAGUGUCCGUCGCACUUCCUCCUUCUAGGGAGAUGCGGGACGAUGUGCGAUUCCAUGGGUUGUGCGUCCUACUUUUCGUCGGGGACGACGAGCGCGAGGCAGAGGGAAAGGAGGAAACAGUCGAGGGAGACGCGUCACCACCGGCAAAAACAACAGAAGCGGUUAAUAACGGGGAAUUCGUUGGAGUUGUUGACGGUUUCAACUCAACGGACGAACCAACGCACCCCCCGGGAGGCGAAGGGCAUGUCGAAGACGGGGAGGCCGGCGGAAAGACUGGAGCACCAGCAGGAAUGAGGACCUUGUUUGGUGUCAACGGUGGAGACGCCGCCCCAGCCAAGAUAUCGGGAGAGUGCAACGUUGUGCUCGAGCCAUGGGUGGUGGAAACGAUGCGAGAAGGUGUCGCCCGUCGGAAGAGGGAACGGCUGGAGAGAAAAGAAGCGGCACGGGCGGAGGCCGAGGCGAAUGCUGCCAAUGACCCCAAAGGAAAGAACGCCAAAGCGGCUGCUGCUGCGGCGGCUGCAGCGAAACUUCAAGAAGGAGACGACGAGGAGGAGGAGGAGGAGGAAGAGGAAAUCGGGCCUUCCCCUUCCGCUAGAGCGGAGGUGGAAGUGACGCUUAACUCGGGCAUGGCUUCGCUAGCGGUCGCCACCAUCGGUCCGACUGCUGCUGUUCCUGCUGCAGCCGAUGCCUGGUGA